AUGCCGCCAACGCGAGAGGAAGACCAGCUUUACCCGAUCGCAGUCUUGAUCGACGAGCUCAGAAACGACGAUGUCCAGAAUCGGCUUAACUCCAUCAAAAGUCUAAAUAUUAUCGCGUUGGCGCUGGGCGAAGAACGAACACGAUCCGAGCUCAUUCCCUUUUUGACAGACACGAUUUAUGAUGAAGAUGAGAUUCUGAGCGCUCUUGCGGAGAAAUUAUGCGAGCUGGUCGACCUCGUCGGCGGACCUAAACAUGCCCACUGCCUUAUUAGCCCACUUGAGUCCCUUGCCGCUUCUGAAGAAACAGUCGUCAGAGACAAGGCCAUUGAAAGUCUCAAGGUCAUCGCCGAAAAACAGUCAGUAGAAGAGUUUGAAAAGCAUUUCCUUCCACUUAUCCAGCGCCUUGCUACCUCCGAAUGGUUUACUGGCCGAUCUUCAAGUUGCUCCCUCUUCCCAGUUGCUUACAAAACGCUGCCAGCGACGAGCAUUGACAACCAGAAUCUACUGCGAAAGAUGUUUACAGAACUCGCAAAAGACGAGACACCGAUGACGCGCCGCGGAGCAGCCACAGUUCUUGGCCCCUUUGCCGCCGCUACUCACGCUAAAAUGGCCGAAACUGACCCAGCAGCAGCGAUCACCAUUAUCAAGGAAGAGAUCAUUCCGCUUUUCAAACAUUUCGCAAACGACGAUCAAGACUCUGUUCGCCUCCAGUCAAUCCCAGCUUGUGUAGAAAUCGCGCGACUCUUGGACAACGAAACAACAGAUAAUGAACUGUCUCAGACGAUGAAGAGCCUCAUCGGAGACAAAUCUUGGCGAGUCCGAUACAUGGUCGCGCAGUCGAUUGUUGAUCUCCAGGAGACUUUUGGAGCUGAACUCAUUGUCCGAGAUCUUAUCCCUGGAUUUACUGCGCUUUUGAGAGACAACGAGUCAGAAGUACGAGCACAAGCUUCCUCAAAGAUCAAGCUCUUCUGUGAUGCCCUUCCAGAUUCAACUAGAGCCGAAGUCGUCAUGAACAACAUCCUUCCCCUCGUCAAAGAGCUCGUCAACGAUGUCAAUCCUCAUGUAAAAACUUCGCUGGCGGGUGUUAUAAUGAGUUUGGCGCCGAUUUUGGGAGAAAACGAUACUAUUGAGAAUCUUUUGCCGCUUUUCCUCACGCAGCUCAAAGACGAGUGCCCGGAUGUUCGAUUGAAUAUCAUCUCCAACUUGGCCGCGCUGAAUGACGUUAUCGGAAUCGACCAGUUGUCACAGACGCUCCUUCCGGCCAUCACAGAACUCGCAGCUGAUAACAAAUGGCGAGUGCGACUGGCGAUUCUUGAGCACAUGCCUCUCCUCGCUCAGCAACUUGGAAGAAAGAUGUUUGAUGAUCGACUUGGAGAACUGUCCCUUUCCUGGCUCCUGGAUCACGUUUAUGCUAUCAGAGAAGCGGCUACUGUCAGUGUCAAGAAACUAGUGGCGACUUUUGGCUCUGACUGGGCGAAGACGGUCGUGAUUCCAAAAGUUCUCGAGUUAUCAGAAGAGCAAAAUUACUUGAAGCGAAUGACGAUGCUGUUCUGCGUCAACCAGCUCUUGGAAGUGCUUUCGAGAGAGACAGUUGAGGAAGAUCUGAUUCCAGCAAUCAAAAAUCUCUCAAAAGAUCCUGUAGCCAAUGUCCGCUUCAAUGUUGCAAAGACUCUAGCAAAGAUGGAGGAAGUUGUCGGCCCUGAAGUCUUCGACUCAAAGAUCAAACCCACGCUAGAAGAACUGCUCGAAGAUGGCGACGCAGAUGUGAAAUUCCACGCAGACGCAGCGCUCCAGCCUAAGACGGAGAAGAUGGAUCUGACGGAAAGUGUGCCGAAGACUGAAGUAAAAGCUUUCUAA